AGAGAACUACAAAGCGCCCCCACCACUCAGAUGAAGCGCAGGUUAGCUAGCUACUUGAGUUCAAUAGCCUAUAUAUGUCUAGCUGCCACUUGGGUUCGCGGUCGUUUAGAAGAUGCAGCAGAGGCUAUGACAAAUAACCAAUCCUUUUGGACAGCACUCCAAAACGAGGAAAGUUUCCUCUGUUUAUAUCCUGGCUCGUGGCUCCAGAGAAGAUAAUUUUUUUCGGAAAAUUAUUCGAGAGACAUGUCCACAUCGACUACUCCUGCAACACUUUCGUCUUCCCAGUUGACUCCAGAUCAGCUCACGGUCAUUGUGGCGUCAAUCUCCUGCCUGGUGUUUUUUGUGGUGAUUCUAGUGCUGCUGACUAUCCUGUAUCGGAAGGACCCGCUCUGCUGCAAAGUCCGGGCUUAUCAGGAAUCGCAUCAGUACUCUGAAGCACCACCACAAUACUACAACAGUAGGCAGACAUUAGUGGGGUCUUCCUAUCAUGACCCAAGCUCAGAGAUGAGCUAUGACAACCAUGCUCAGCAGCCAGGACACCUGUUUGUCAUUGGGCAGCCCAGCAGCUACCACCUGUCCUCCUUGGAUGCCCCUCUCCCUCGCCUGCCCUCCUAUGAGAGCGUUCGCAAGAAGGACCGUCAGCGGCAGAUCCACAUGAUGAUUGCCGACCGCUUUGGCCUGAGCGGCCCUAUUCAAACCGAGUCACCUCCGACUUAUGAGGAAUCCAUCCGUCAAUCUGUGGUGAUUCCAUCUGUACAUUUUGGCUCUACCGAUGACCUUGUGACCCCCGUCUCUGCCACACAGUCCACAGUGCCACCCCACGUAGGAAGCCAACAGGACCCCUCUACCCAUCAUGAGCCAAACACCUGAGGGCCUUUCAGUGUUGCCAAAGAUGCCGGGGGAGAAAGGAAUGCACUCUCAGCCAGUUCAUAAUAAUUUUAACAAUGUAGAAAUUUUUUAAAACUUUUAAAAAAGAAAUCAAUCUUUUUCAGGAGAAUUUUGAGCUUCCUUUUGAUUGAGCUCAAUAAAAGUAUCUCUUGUGACCAAGGAAAGAGUUUAAGGAAGACAAGAGACAGACGGUCUUUGUUAAUGGGACGCAGAAGUCAGCUGUGGUUUGUGCAUAAUAGGAAUGAUUUCAGUGCAUUGAAAUGAGCUGCAAAAAACAAGGAAAACACUUCUCAACUGGAGGUUGAGAGCUCUGAACUGUCCCAUGGUUCCUUGCUGUCCCUGGUUCACACUUCAGCAGGUAAAUAAGACAUGAGGCUGCUGCUGACUUUAGAAAGUCACAUGAAUGACUAACAGCUUCAGCUGCUUCUGGAUAUGAGUGUGCCAGUUAAUGUAAAAUCCUGCUUUAAAAUGCUUAAUCUGUGAAGAGCGCUCUCACUCCUGGUUUGAGUCUCUGGUGAAAUUACUCUUUAACCCAGGUCAAAUUCCAUCUGCAGAAUCGUAGCACGGUGUCCCUGCUUUGACCAAAGAUACGUUUGUGUGAUGGAAAGCACAAGCUUUAUGUUGCACUAGAGUGCACUUUUAGUUCUUCAAUUUCAUUUUAAACAUCUUUGGAAUCCAGCCCCACCUCCACUAAGCCAGCUUCUAGCUUCUCUCCCUUACCCUCCUCCAUUACGAUUCAUCCCAUCAUCCUCCCUUACUCUCCGAGUUCAGCAUAGACAAGCAAACACAUCCUACCCAGUAAAAGAAAAGUACUCGUUGCAGUAUACAGAUGUGCUUAAUCAUUUCAGCUUGCCAAGCUCCAGUGCAGACGUACCAGGCACACAAGUUACCCCCCUCUCCCCCACACAAGCCAGGAUGUUUGUCUUAAUCAGCUCAUGCUUUGAGAAAUUUUCUGUCAUUUAAAUAGUAUUUUUAUACAAGGUAUUUUUACUUUUUCAUAUAGUUUUAAUCACUGUUGGAAUGAACUAAAAGCCAUUUGAGAAAAAUACAUUUAUAUAUAGAAUAAGCUGUCCUCGAUGUUUAUAUUCCAAAGCAAUAUUUCCCAGGCAAAAAUAAAAGGGAACAUAAAACUUACUAGAUGAAAAAUAGUAUGUUUGUUUAUGUGUGGCUAAAGAUCGACAGCAUGUUGAAUGAGGUAAAAUAACAGUUUUAUUAGAUUUUGCAUUCUUGAGCCUUGACCUUUGAUGACCCUCCACCUGAUUCCUCUGAGAUGGAAGUCAGUUGAGUGGGGGUUGAUUAGAAGGAACUUCCUGUUAGUAUAUCCUGUUCUUAUCCACAUGUGGUUUCCCCAGAUGGGACAACUCAAUGUCUGUAAAUAUUACUUGGAGGACCACAGAUGGCACCAACAACCUACUGUAUGGUUCACACUGAUGUCAUACUUAAUAAAUAAAAUAUUCACAUUUUG